UUAUGGCAGAGGCUGUUUAUCGGCUUUUACCGAGCAGCCGCGGCACGCCACUCUCCCUGACAGCACCUCCCUGAGUCCUGACGGGACGGACGGCUCAAAACGCCGACAGAGGACUGGAUCGGCGGGGGACGCUGCUGAACAUGUCACAGGGAAAUAUUUCCCCUCAUAAAGCAGGAGAGAACGGAAUGAAAGGGAGACCGCCGUACUCCGUGGAGACCCCGUACGGCUUCCAGCUGGAUCUGGACUUCCUGAAAUAUGUCGACGACAUCGAGAAAGGGAACACGAUCAAACGAGUCUCCGUCCAGCGCCGCAGCAAAGGACCCCGUGCAAGCACCCUGCCCAGGCACCUCAACCCCCCGGGGAGCUGUCGGCCCGGCGCCUGGGGGUCCACCGGAGCUCUGGGGCCCAGGUCUCGAGCGUCAGACGCCCACCGCCACGGCUCCUGGGCGUACGACCACCGGCCGCCGCUCUCUCCCACCGCGCUCAUGUCCUUGGUGGAGAUGGAGGCCAGAAUCAAGGAGUUCGAUGAGCAGCCUCUCGGGGAGCACAUCAGACCUCACCUCCUGCGGGCCUCCAGCCUGCCGCUCACCGUGCUGCUCAGGCGGGGCUCGGAGUCCACGGACGACGCCGCCAGCCUCCGCGGCUCGAGCGGCUGCCUCAGAGGAAGGAACACCUCGUGCGAGGACGUCUUCCUCACCGCAGACGGCGCCGACCCCGCGGACUGCCCGGGGCUGCUGAGGCGCCUGAACGAGGCCCUGGAACGUGUCGGGGAGCUGGAGAUGGAGGCGAGGGUGAUUCCGGAGCUCAGAGCGCAGGUCCGCUUCCUCCAGCAGGAGAGGGAACGGCUGCGUCUGAGCCUGAAUCCACACGGCUACCCGUCCCCCAUGAACGGAACCACAGACGCCUGUAAAUCCUCCCGCUGUGACAAGGCGGACGUGAAAAGGCCUCGUCACGAAGCCCACAUCGCGUUUCCCAGAAACCGCGGCGGCAGUUCGGACGACUCCAGUCAGGAGUGGAGGAGCAGCACGGACCUGGACGAGCUGCUGACGGUGACGGCCCUGCAGGCCAAGGUCGCUGCGCUGGAGCAGAAGCUCCACGAGGCCGGCCUGGAGCUCCAGAGGCUGACCGGCCUGCUGAGGGAGCAGCAGGAGGAAAGCAGGAGGAAAGACCACAAGAUCCAGCACCUGAUCGAGAACCCGGCCCUGUGGGUCCGUGCAGAGAGGGUGGUGGUGGACCGGGACGGGGACGAGGCGGCGGUGAGAGCCGCGGAACCGCACCAUAAUGAAGCAUCCUUCACCUGUACGAGGACAGGAAACACAAGUCAGGGACAGCAGGACUCCACAGUCAGUUCUUCUGGUCCUCUGCCGUGUGGCGACCCUUCAGCCGAGGCUUCAGACGCCGGAGUGGCCGUCCGUCACAUUCAGAGGAUCAAGAGUCUCUUGGAUCAGCAGUGGAGGAUUGUGUGUGCAGAGAGUAAAUCAGGAGAGGAGAGUAAACUGCUCAAACACCCAGAUCCAAAAGUCAACACUCUGCAGGAGGAGAUGAUGAGGCUUGUUGACGUCCUGGAAUCCCACUACCACCAGCGAGGACGAGGUGAUGGGAGGCACGUUCAAAACGGAGCCUGUAAAUCCACCCUGCGGACAGACGGAUGCGUCCAGGCCACAGACACGCCGCUCUCUGAGGGCGCUAAUGACGGAUUUGUAAUGCGCGGAAGUGGAAGUGUGGACGGGGUGGACUGCUGGGAGCCGGGUGUCCACGGCGCUGUGGGACAGAGCGACGGCGGCGGCGGCGGGGCUCGGGAGACGGACGCUGUCCAGACGGAAGCAGGACCGGCGAGGAGAGCAGUUCCAGACAGACAGACCGCGUCCACAGCCGAGGACACCCGGGGAACCGCCAAGUCGAAAACACACAGGGAGGCGACCUCUGACCCUGAAGCCAGCAGCGGGGGCAGAGAGACAGUAAGUGCAGAUUUUAUGGCUGCUUGUCACUUCCUGAAGGAUCACAUGGACAACAUGGACAACCCCAGUGAAGACAUGAGGAAGGCCUUGAUUGUUCUGUUCCAGCACUGGUUUGGCGCCGCAGCAGAGGAGGCGUCCGUCUCCAGCACGGUGUCUCUGUACCUGAGGGAGGUGAGGAGCGCCGCCCCCGCGCUGCUGGCCUUCAUGGUCAACCUGGCAGACGACAACAGCAACACGGCGCUGCACUACAGCGUCUCCCACUGCAACUACGACAUCGUCGGCCUGCUGCUGGACACAGGCGUGGUCGACGUCAACAUCCAGAACAACGCCGGCUACACGGCGGUGAUGCUGGCCUCGCUGACGGCCCCCGACGGGCCCGCCGGGACGGAGGUCGUCCGCCGGCUGAUGGAGCUGGGCAGCAUCAACGUCCAAUCCAAACAGACGGGCCAGACGGCGCUGCACCUGGCGGCGAGGCACGGCCGGGGGGUGAUGGUCCGCCUGCUGCUCAGCUUCGGGGCGGACGCCAACAUCCAGGACGAGCGGGGAACCACGGCCCUGAUGUUCGCCUCUGGAAGAGGCCACACACACAUCGCCCGGCUGCUGCUGGAGAGGAGCCAGUGUGACCCGACGCUCAGCGACAAGCAAGGUCAAACGGCGCUAUCCAUGGCGAUGCAGGGCUCCCACACGGACACCGCCGCCCUGCUGCAGGCGCACGCCAAAGCUCGGGCCUGCUAGUUCCUGGAGAGCUGCAGAAGGUCUUUUCUGUCUGAGACACACGGUCGAGCUGUUGCUGCACGUCGUCAUUGACUCUGCGCCACAUCGGUGAUCAGACGAGGAAAAGAGGAGGCCUCUGCUGAGGAUGUGCUGCCGCCUCUUUCUCACAUCCACGUCUCUGCAGAGUUUGCAAAAGAAAACUAUUUAUGUAACGAGAUAUUAUGUUAACAAUGAUCUGAAGCUACUUCCUGUUUUAAAAAGGAUUUAUAGUAUUUUGCAAAUAUUAUGCACCUUUAGGGUAAAAUGCCUGGAAUGCAUCGGUUCUGUUCUGCAUGCAAAUCAUAUACAAGACCUGACUGUGGUGCCAAUAAAGCAGUA